CAACCAUCGUCAUCCACUCCUCAGGGACUGCCCAAAACCCUCCGGAGUCCUCGGGUGGUGGAUUUUCCCCCUUUUACUGGCCACGCUAGACCACAUCGGGCACUCAACGGACGCGCCGGACGCAAAAAGUAACGCUGGUCUCUCACUCUCUUACUCCCUUUUCUCUCUCUCCUUCAUCGUCGGUCCUUUCCAUUCCUUAUCCCUCCGUCUCCUCUGUGCCUAUUCGCGAAUCUGCGACUUGUGGCCUGAGUUUUUUUCAUCUCUCAUUGCCCCUCCAGGGAAUUCUUCUUUCCGCCUUCUUCACGCGAUCUCGAAUUGCCAAAUUCCUCGGGCUUGAUUUGGAUACUCCCCCCCCCUCAAAAAAGACACAAUGGCCGACUUCCUUCAGAAAGUGCCCGUCCCGACUCUGGACCGGCCGUUUGGCAUCCACCUAUGGCCCAUCUUUGACAAGGCCUAUGAGCAGGUCAUGGGCUACCCUGCCAGCGAGUUCAACUUUGUUCAGGGCGUGACCCCUUUGUCCACCUUCAAGGAGACCGCGACUAUGCUGGUCACCUACUACAUCAUUAUCUUCGGAGGUCGUGAGGUCAUGAAGAACUUCCCCGCCUUCAAGCUGAACACCCUGUUCAUGAUCCACAACUUCCUCCUGACCGCCAUCAGCGCCAUCCUCUUGGCUCUUUUCGUUGAGCAGCUCCUGCCCACCAUUGUCCGCCACGGUGUCUUCUACUCCAUUUGCGACCACCGCGGUGGAUGGACCCAGCCUCUUAUUAUCCUCUACUACCUGAACUACAUCAACAAAUACGUCGAGCUCCUGGACACCGUCUUCCUCGUCCUCAAGAAGAAGCCCUUGACCUUCCUCCACACCUACCACCAUGGUGCUACUGCCCUGCUUUGCUACACUCAGCUGAUCGGCCUGACUGCUGUGCAAUGGGUCCCCAUCACCAUCAACCUGUUGGUCCACGUUGUCAUGUACUGGUACUACUUCCAGAGCGCCCGUGGUAUCCGCAUCUGGUGGAAGAAGUACAUUACCAUGCUGCAGAUUGUCCAAUUCGUCAUUGAUCUCGGCUUCAUCUACUUCGCCUCCUACACCUACUUCUCCUCCGUCUACUUCCCCUGGGCCCCCAACAUGGGCCAGUGCGCCGGUGAGGAGUUCGCCGCGUUCGCUGGUAUUGGUAUCAUCACCUCUUACCUGCUGCUCUUCAUCUCCUUCUACAUUGCCACCUACAACAAGGCUGCCAAGGUCGGCCGCCCUCGCAGCAACACCGGCAAGAAGUCUCUCAUCGACAUGAAGAACUUCGAGGUCCCCUCUCCCGCCGGACACGCCAACGGCAGCGCCAAGGGUGCCAACGGCUCUGCUAGCUCGACUGGCCGCUCCAACGGCCCCGUCACUCGCUCUCGCAAGGCUUAAACGGGCACUUGCCACAAGAGAGGCAUUCGAACGUGCCUCUAGAGGACCUAGAUGAAGGAGUUUGUGAGGUCAUGUGUUAGGAUUAUUCUAAUCCUGGCUUUUUUUGAGUUGUGAGACGAACCAAUCCAGUUCAUGUCUCCCAUGAUGAAUUUUCGAUAAAAUUCCUCGGAUAUAUUUGCACCCUGACGAGGAGGAAGAGCAAGCAAGGUCAGAAAAAAAAAGCAGAAGUGGCGUGGUUGCUUGCCGGUGAUUCAAUUUAUACUUGUUUUAAUGAAUGACCUUUUCAUGAGGCCAGGCCUGAUGAUCGAUGCAGCAGGGGCCCGGGUUGUGGAGGCGCAAUGGGGAUGCCAGCAGCGGACGAAGGGUACUUUGCACCCUUUAUUACUGAAAUUUUCGCUUCAUCUGGGAAGGGUGACUGUCGGGCAGUCCCUGGUUGUUCCUGGCUGUAUUCUAUAAUGUCCCUUUUUUCUUCUUCUUCUGUUCAUGUUUGUCAUUAUCACCCGCACAGUCUGCUGGCGGCAGGCCAUUUUUCCCAAUUGCUUUUCUCCGUUCUGACGUUUAUGCGAUCUCAUUCAUUGUAAAGACCCUGCCGUACUCUGGAUCAUCCUGCGAGAGAGCAAUGGUCAAGUUG